GUAAUCUGUCUACAACUCAUGUAAUUAUGUUAGAAAAUUAAAUUUGAUACUGGAUGGCGCUUUCAUCAGUGGUGGAACUUAAGAACACUUUAGAAAUUCUUAAUUAGAAUUAUUUUAACGCCAUUAAUUUUUUUUGAUUUUUCUUGUUUAUUAGCGUUAUUACAUUUGAUUUGAUUAAUCUCGACCAAUUGGUUGUACAGUUAAUUGCGUAAUCAUGUUUCCAAAUGAGCCUAAAGAAGACACAAGAAAUAAAGUGGCAAUAUUCAUGCUGAAAGCUCAAACCAAAAUUACGGAAGAUGCGAUAAUAUUAGUGAAUAGUGAAUAUGAAAAACUGACAGGAAAUUUAACAAAUUGUGAACAACGAUUAACAGAAUUAAGAAGCAAGUUUGCAGAUAAAGUAAACAAUUUUUUCGAAAAAUAUCAUUACAAUGAAGAUUAUCGAGAAAGAUUGGAAGCCACCCGAGAGAUGAAAUUGAAAGAGAUCGAUAAAAUUGAAUGUGAAAUACAACUAAAUGAAAGUAUAUUCAAUGAAUUGGCCCAAGAGAAGGCAAAACUUACCGAAACAAUCGAUAAGCUGAAAAGGUCAGGAGAACAUGCAAAGUUGCAGACUAGGAUAAACAAGUUGCAUAUGUCAAUCGAACAUUCUACUUCAGAUGUUAAAAGACUUGAAAAAGAGCUGCAAAAAACGACAGACAAAUUAAACACCAGAUGAUGAUCGGGAAAAACCAAUGUUGACAAAGCUUUGAUAAUCUUCAUCAUCAC